AUGACAGGCCGUACCAAUGAUGUUCAGCAUGAUUCAUUCUGGGCCCCUGGCACCGUAAACCUUGAAGAGUUGCAAGAGUUUAGCAACAAAAUCAUCCUCCAUCCAAUUCCUACGUCCGAUCCCAACGACCCCCUGAACUGGUCCACCAAACGCAAAUGUGUCAACUUCGCGCUCGUCUCUUUCUAUGUCUUGAUGACUUUUGUCCAGCUCGACAUUGGAUAUACAGCUUGGGGGCAGUAUCAGCAUGAGCUCGGAUUCUCGGUCAGUCUCUUGAACGGCGGCGUUGCCUUGCAAUACGCUGGCCUAGCCAUCGGCUGUUUCUUCUUCGUCCCGCUCGUGCACAAAUAUGGACGACGCCCUUCGUAUAUCGUCAGCACCGUCAUCCAGCUUGCAUCCUGCGUUUGGUUCGCAUCGAUGAAGCGUCCGGUAGACCUUUGGAUCAGCAGCCUGCUAUCGGGUCUCGGCGGCGCGACAAGCGAGACUAUUGUCCAAAUUACCAUCGCAGAUCUCUUUUUCGUCCACAACCAUGCAGCGCUCAAUGGCUGCUACCUCCUUUUUGUUGCCGUUGGCGCCUUUCUCGGCCCGGUGGCAUCCGGCUACAUCGUCGACAACCAAGGGUGGAGGUGGAUAUGGUGGUGGUGUGUGAUCCUCUUUGGUGUUGGUCUGAUAUUUACGGUGCUUCUCUUUGAGGAGUCAAAGUAUACGCCUGUACUCGAAGCUCGAGUCCCGUGCACCGCGACGCCGGACGGAGUUGCAGACAAGAUGCACAUUGAGCGAAAGAAGACGAGAGGCAGUGAUCCUCCGGACGCCUCCGUCCAGGGCAAAUAUGGCUUGGUCGAACGAACGCAGUCCAAUGUUCUUCUUGACGAGACCAUCCCGCUUAAGUCAUACCGUCAGCGUCUAGCCUUCAUCACCAACACAGAGGGGCCUAUUCUACAUCACCUUUUCCAGCCUAUUACCGCCCCUUGGCCACUUCUCGCCGUUGGCUUUGGUCUUUUUGGCUUCAACCUUGGAGUCACGGGCAGCAUUGCUCUGUCGUACGCCAUGGACUGCUACCAUGAUGUCAUCGGCAAUGCCCUCGUCGGGGUCGUAUUUACUCGCAACGUUCUUUCUGUGGUAGUUCUAUUCUCACUCUCGCCCUGGAUCGACGGCAUGGGCCUGAGGGACAUGCACAUCCUGGUAUCAGCAGUUUCCUUUUGCAUUCUACUCAUUCCGGUUCUACUGCUCAUAUGGGGGAAGAAGUCACGAGCGUCGUUGGCAACGAGGUACCGGGAGAUGGCGAGAAAACAACCAACCCACCGGGGCUUCUGA